CGCCCCAUUGCCAUCACUAGCCCCGGUCGACACACUAAUUCCUUUCUUUUUGCUCUACGAGACCAGCUAUCGUUGCUCCAGCUAUCGUGGCCGGCCGAAGGAUCCAACACCGCAGAACCGCAAACGAUUUCUCCAAACUCCGACGACCUGAUCGGAGAGAGACAGACGCAGAUUAGGAAGAAAGGUGAAUUGGAAGAAAAAUGCUUCUGAAGCAGCCUCUGUGGAGCUCGGGAUUGAAGGAUAGCACGAAGGAAGGAGAAGACCCGGCCGAAUCGAACCAACAAACCACAACUUCAUCUUCUUCGUCGGCGUCGGCGUCGGCCACCGCGGUGGAGGAGCUUGUAAAUUCGUUAACAAAGCAGAGAUUGUACCGGGAGGUAACUCUCGCCCUCAGGUCAAAUCUCCGAGACGCUCGCGCCGAGUUCUCUUUCCUCCGCCUUCGUGGCCUCCGCUCCAUCCUCAACUUCCUCAGAUCCGUUUCCCUCUCCGAUUCCACCAUCUCCCUCUACUCGCUCACUCAAUCCAUCCCUGACCUUCAAGUCGUUCCGGUGCUCUUCCAGCAUUCUCUGAAAGAUUCCGACGAAGAUACGGUGGUAGAGAGCUUGGAUCAUGUUUUGGGCGUUGAGCCAAUGCGGAUCACGAGUCCUUCCACGGAUGCAGAAGUGGCGCUCGCUCUCCGAGUUUUGGAAGGCUGUUGCCUGCUCCAUAGGGAGAGCACGAUCUUGGCGCAUCACCACAAGGCGAUUCAGGUUUUGAUGCAUAUAUUAUCUACUAGAGGUGUGCUGGAACAAGGUGCCUGCUUGGAUGCGCUGGUCGCCAUCAUGUUGGACUCCUCUCCUAAUCAAAUGGAUUUUGAGGACUGCAAUGGCAUUGAGGAAGUGGCGAUGCUCAUCAGGGACAAGCAAGUAGACGAAAAUCUAAGGUUGAAAUGUGGUGAGUUUUUGCUUCUGCUUAUCGGCCACGUGAAUGGGAGGCAAGGGUCUCCCAUGGCUUCUGUGCACGAGGACAUAAGGCGACUGCUCGGUGAGAAAUCAGCAUCUCUGAUAUGGGCAGCCAGUCAAUUUGGGUCAACCCUUGGGCCAGAGCAGAGGUUAACCGCUCUCCAGAUCCAGGCUCGGAGGGUGCUGGAGUCCCUAGAUCUUUACUAAACCCAGUAGGCCACCACAUCUAUUUUGCCGCCCUUCUAAGCUAUCAACUGGAACAAAACGUGCUACUACACUGGAAUGCUUGUUGAGAAGGGGUGUGUCUUGACUUGAGGAGAGUCUGUGAUCUGUAGUCUUCUCUCACCUCGUGUUGUGGCUUCAGGGAGAAGAUUUUGAAGACGAGGCCCCAGCUUUUGCAUAUGCUGGGAAGGAAAUCACUGGAAAUUGCAACUUUGUUAUACAUGUUAUUGUGCUUGCUUGUCUGCUGUGAACAAAUGUCAUAAUCUAGCAUUCUAAACCUACAGGAAAAGCAAGUUACAAUCUGGAUUGUGCAAUUUCGAUGCCUGGGCACAAAGACUUUGUCGCAUCCAGCAAAAGGAUUGAAACCCACAUUAUGCUAGUUACACUUUUAUCCUGUAAUUAAGGUUUGGUUUGGAGAUUGUUUAAAUGGAUGCAUUCUAUGAAUUUAUGUAUUUUACUUAUGUAAUUGUUUAAAUAAAUACAUUUGACAAAUAUUUGGAAGAC